AUUCGAAGACACGGGCCAGGGCUUUCUAUCGGUGUCAACAUUGCCUUCGGAGCUGGCCAGGCCGCUGUGGCCGACGUGGCCAAGGAGACCGGCCUGAACCCUGACAGGGCGGCGGACUUCGCGGACAGGAUAUUGCAUGUGGUGGCGGACCUGCAGAAUGACAACGUGGCGCACGCCAAGAAGCUCGUCGACCACCUCGUCAAGGAGGGCACGAAGGGGGAGAAGCUCGAGAGGCACGCGGAGGAGCACCUCCUGGCGCAGGUUGCAGAGGAGGUGGACCACAUCGGCGAGGACAUGCAGGCUGGCAUCGCCCAGGAGGUCGAGGACGCCAGCGUCGGCGCGGGCGGCGCUGGGGCCAUGGAGCCGGCCGACGCCGAUGAACGGGAUCCUCUCAGGGCGGUGCUGCAGGGAAUCUGGAGCGCGUUUGAAGACUAUGAGGUCGCGUUCGGCGGGAAGAUCCGCCAGAGCUUCCAGAAUGGAAGCCUCUUGUACAAAGAGCUCGCUGGGCUGCAGCACAAGAUCGCGACCUGGAAGAUCUUCCCGCCCACCGAGAAGGAUCGGGAGAGGGAAGGAUGUCAUCCGCAAGCUCGAGAGUCUCGGCCUGUCCAGCGAGGGCCUGCGGGGAGGGAUGCUGAGCGCGAAGGAGGUCGUCGAGGAGCUGGUCAUGGUCCCCGUGGUCCCGAGCGCGGAGCUCGCGGGGCUGCAGGUGAAGUGGAAGGCUGGCAAGGUGGGCUCGGUGCCCGUGCUGCGCAGGCUCCUGGAGCUGCGCAACAAGUCCAUGCUGCCGUCCAGCUGGCUGCAACAGGGAAUCGGUCACGCUGCCGAGAGGGUGCCGAUCCCUCCGAGUGGCUGGAGCAGAAGGUCGAGCGGGAACGCCUCGACGCCGCGAGCGCGGCGCCGCCGCGCGGCGCGGCCGCGCCCGCGGCGGCCGAGGCGACGCCGGGG